AUGCAACUUCUUCUUGGAAUCAUCUUUUCCCUAGGGAUCCAAGUUCCUGGAACACUCAGCUUGAAAUUGCAACAUGACGGAACUGAACCUGACACCUGCAUAGGAUUUGAAAGCACCCUUAAUAGCAUGGGAUCAGGUUUUGCAUAUUGUGCCAAAAACACUUCAGCAAGUCCAGCACCUUCAGCAUCUUUGCAGCACUUUGCUGAUGGACAAGCAAGAUACGUGGGGCAGGCCACAACAGAAGGGGAUAAAUCCUUUGAUUUACUGAUAGUCCUUAUACAUGAUGUGCAGGCACUUGUGGAUCAGAGCGUGCCAAGGGAGGGGGGCAGCCACAGGCAGGUGCCAGAAGGCUACAUCUAUACCCACUAUCAUCCAAUGGAAGAGAUUUAUCAAUGGAUGACUCAAGUAAAGGAGAGCAACAGUGAGCUGGUGACUCAGCGCUACCUGGGAAGGAUGAGUGAGAAUCGAGCUAUCUAUUAUCUGCAGAUCAGUCAACCACCAAAUACAACCAAAAAGAUCAUUUGGAUGAACUGUGGGAUUCAUGCCAGAGAAUGGAUCUCUCCAGCCUUCUGCCAGUGGUUUGUGAAAGAAAUUCUACAGAAUUACAAAACUCACCCAAAGAUAAGCAGAUUUCUUCAGAAUCUGGACCUGUACAUCUUGCCAGUCCUCAGUGUUGAUGGUUAUAUCUAUUCCUGGGAAAAAGAACGUUUGUGGAGGAAAAACCGUUCUCCAUAUAUGAAUGGCACCAGCUAUGGAACAGAUCUGAACCGGAACUUCAAUUCCUCCUGGGGCAGUAUUGGUGUUUCUUAUAAUUGCAGCAGUGACAUCUUCUGCGGAUCUGGACCAGAAUCGGAGCCUGAGACAAGAGCUGUGGCUCAGUUUAUCGAGAGGAAGGAGGAGGACAUUUUGUGCUAUUUAACAAUUCACUCCUAUGGACAGUACAUCCUCACACCAUAUGGGCCAACGACCAAACCUCCAAGUAACAACAAAGAACUGAUGCAAGUUGCAGAGAAAGCAGCUACUGCCCUGACAGGGAAGUAUGGGACCAAUUAUCAAGUAGGAGCAACCUCUUUAAUUUUAUACAGUAACUCAGGCUCCUCGCGGGACUGGGCUCACAUGAUAGGCAUCCCUUUCUCCUACACAUUUGAGCUGCGAGACAAGGGAACUCAUGGAUUUGUUCUACCCGCAGACCAGAUCCAGCCUACACGUGAAGAGACGAUGUUGGCUGUGACAGCUAUCAUAGACUAUGUUGAUCAGAAGUAUUUCCCAAGUGGAGGUGUGAGGCUGACCUCUGGUAGCCUGGGCCUGAGCCUUUGCCUGAGCGCUGUAGUUACAUGGACUGUCUUUUAA